AAUGUACUAGCACAACUUGAAAUAGAAAACCAACAAAAGGAAGUAGAAAAGCAUUAUGGCAAUGCCUAUUUGCUUUUCAAGAAACUUGUGAUUAGAGAGACACCUAGUUAAUUCUCUUUUUUCGUUAUGUUACAGCAUGGAAAGAGCAUUUAACUUUAAUAAACUUUUAGUGCCUCCAAGAACCAGGCUAGGUCAGGUGUCAGCUGUAAAGCCUCAAGAUCCUGGGCUGUUUGAAGAUAACAGUAGCUUUACAGCACCAGUUCAGAGUUUUAAUAAAUGUUUUGAAAAAGAGACCGUUUCACAUACCAAGAUGGUGUUGCCUACGGAGUCCCCAAGACCAGAGGUCACAAAGAGGAUUGCUGUGAUGCCAAGAGAGAAAGAAGAGCAGCCACCGUUAAGGUCCAGUCAGCUGUAUUCCAAACUGUUUGAAGAGGCUGAAAAAAUAAAAGCUUGGAAAUCAAAAAUGGACUAUGAUAUCUCACAAAAAGAUAGAAAGCUUCAGGACAAUCAAAGGACAAUUGAUACACAGCGCAAAGCCAUUCAAGAACUUCAGUUUGAAAAUGAAAGUCUCAGCAUGAAAUUAGAGGCGCAACUAAAUGAAAAUGAAGAUAUGAGGAAUAAAAGUAAUGCAACAAGAAAUUUGUGCAACAUUCUGAAGGACACUUUUGAAAGAUCAACUGAGAAAAUGAACCAGUUUGAGGCAGAAAGAGAAGAAACUCAUGGGUUCUUCUUGCAAAACUACGAAAACAUUCAGAGGAUGGUUGCUGCAUUUGAAAAUCUCCGGCUGCAAGCAGAGGCUGACCAGCAAGAAAUGUUAAAAGCUAAGGAAGGCCUUAAACAGUUUGAGGACCUUAAAGUGAAAUUUGAGAAUGAAUAUCGCAUGAAGGAAGAGAAGGCUUCCCUGCUUGAAGAAAAACUAAGAGAAAAGGAAAGUCAGUUUAAAGAAACUUUUCUCAAACUCCAAGAGACUCAGAAAAACCUCAGUCAACUACAGAAAUCUGCAAACCAGCAUCUUGAAUUACUUCACAACUGUAAACAAGAACAGGAUGAACUUCAGGAAAAACUGGAAAGAGAACAACAACUCAGGCGCAAGAGUGAGGAAAACCAGAAAUUGUUAGUUAAUACACUUGAACAAACCAAAGAGAUGUAUGUAAAGAACCUUCUGGAGAGAGAUGCCAAGCUUAAAGAAAUAAAUAAUAUCAAAGAGCAAAUGUCACAGCAAAUUGAAGAGAUACAAGUGACAGCAGAUUCCUUACAAUCCUCUUUAAAAUCUGAGAAAAAGAGGGUUCAAGAACUUGAAACAGAGCUUAGCUCAAUAUCUCAGGAACUCUGCAACAAAAACACAGAACUAGGAAUAAUAAGAGAAGUGAAAAUGGAGUGUGACAGCCAAAUACAAGCUCUGAAAUUUGAAAUGGAGACAAAGGAAAAUGCCCUUAAGUCUUUUGAGGAAAAGGUAAAAGCAGACGAAGGCAAGACUCUUCAGCUAAUUUCAGAACAUGAGGAAAAACAAGCAGAAAUAAACAAAUUGAAGGAAAAACUGGAGAUUGCUGCAGUUGAAAACAAAAAAAUUGUUGCUACCCUGGAAGAGGUUGUAAGUGAGCAAAUGCAGCUGAAGGAGUGUUGUCUUUUGAAAGAGGUCAAACUGCUAGAGAUUGAGGGGCAGUUAUCAGAAGCACUGAAUAAAGAGAGCGAAUCAUCUAAUAAUAUUGAAAGAUUGCAAAAGGAUAUCAGUCAAUACAAAAAGCAGUUGGAGGAACUAAAUGCAAAAAUUGAGGAGCAACAUCAAGAGAAUGAGAAUAUUCAGGAACUGUUAAAAGAAUCUAAUAAAACCUCACAGAAUAGGCUGAUGAAGAAGGAAAGGCAAGUCAAUGCACUGGAACUAAAGUUAACAAAUCUAAAAACAAAACUGGAGGCCAAACUCAAGACCCAGGAUGAAAAUCUGAAAGAAUUAGCUAAAUUAAAAAAAGAGUCCCAAAGUCUGAAACACCACCAUGAGGAAGAGUAUAAGAGAAUGUGUUCUGAGCUGGAAAACAAAUCAGCAUCUGAGGCUGAGCUUACACUGGAGGUGCAAAAAUGGAAGCAAACAUCACUGGAAGCAACAAAGAGCAAGGAAGAUACUGAGAUCAAAUUCCAACAGAAGAUAGCUGACAUGGUUGCUUUGAUGGAAAGGCAUAAGCAUGAGUAUGACAAAAUGGUGGAAGAGAAGGAUGCAGAACUGAAUGAGAAAAGAAUGCAAGAAGCUGAAGUUAAUGCUAAUAAAACUUCAUUGGAGCUGGAGCUAUCCUACCUGCAGGUUGAAAAUGUAAAAUUAAAACAACAACUUGAUGAAAUAAAAAUAGAAAGGGAAAACCUGCAGCAGCAAGUGGAAGAACUUACUAAGAUGCAGACAUCACAGAAGGACAGUUACAAAAAGAAAGAGGAGUACCUAGAACAAGAAAUUAUUAACUUAAAGAAGCAAAUUAAAUCUCUUGAAAAACACAAGACCCAAAAGCUGUCUGAGACAACUUCCAAAAAUGAGAAAGGCUCUGAAAUUCCAGAUGUUGCUUCAAUCAAGAAAUCAACCCCUGCAUUUUCAAAGAAGACAGGAAUUGAAACUCCAUCAAGAAAAGACCCAGCAACACCUUUUAGAUUAGUUGACAGUCUUAAAACACCAUCUUGGACUUUGGGAACAAAAACAGGAACAACACCUCGAAUAAGGUCUUUCAGAAUACGCACACCACCUUCAACAGAAAAGCAAAACACCCUGAAACUGGAUCCCAAAUCUGACAGCUCAGAACAAAAUGAUGUACUGAAUUUCUCUACAGUCAUUAACAAGCAAGUAAAAAACUCUGGAACAGAGUGCCUGGGCUUAUUCAAGAAGGUACAGAGUUCUGCUGUUUAUAAGUCUCCAGGAGCAGCAUUAAAACUGGCAGCUAUGAAGAGAAUGCGGGACGCAGGUUGGACUACCAUUACCAGUUCAGACAAGAAAAAGAAAAAAGUCACUGAAAAAAUAUUUGCUUAA